AUGUCGAGUGUGGAGGGUCAAGGUGAAGCUGUUCGAGGCAUCGUCCCUCGUGGUCUCGAGACAGGGAAGGAGAAAGCAGGCCAUGGUGACCAAGACGAAGCCAACUUCGAGGUCGGGUUCAAAGCUGGAGAUACCACCAACCCCAAAGAAUGCACUAUCUACACUUCGUCCGUACCCGGAGUCAGCAAAGCCUUCGAUAUGCAUCUGCCCGUCAUCCCGACGCUGGGAAUCCCCACCUCCUCAGCCCUGGUGCGGGUACAGCACCUCCGUCCUGCUCAUGGCUACGGUCCCCAAAACACAUGCCCCUAUCCUCCUCAGAAGAGGGUUGCACGGCUCCAGAAAGAGCAGGAUAGUCGCUACUGGUCUCACCACGACGACAAGGCGUCAUUCGGGCCGCAACUCAAGGUCGCUCUGGGCCGGCCGUUUGUUUUGGCAGCAACGGAGCCCAUUGUGUGGUUCUUUAAUAUAUGGGUGUCUGUUGUCUAUGCCGUUCUCUACCUUUCCUUCGUGGCUUAUCCCAUCGUUUUCCAAGACUAUAGAGACUGGGGACCCGGUAUCGGUGGCUUAGAAUACUCAGGCAAUGGUCUAGGGAUGAUGCUUGCCAUCUGCCUCGAACCACCGUGGAGGCGCAUCAUCAACUCUAGUCCAAUCAACCCCGAAACUGGCCGUGUAUAUCCAGAAGCCACAGGAUCCAUCAUGAGCCUUGGUGCGAUAUGUACUCCGAUAGGUCAACUCGUGUUUGCCUGGACCUGUGUGCCUGCAGAAAUACGCUGUGUUUUGUCUACAGCUCGAAUUAUUGUGGCAGGCUUGUACGGCAUCUAUGCCGCUUCUGCGCUCGCUUCCAAUACCGUUUUCAGAUCUAUCCUAGGAGGAACAUUGCCCCUGGCCGGACCGAAGUUGUAUCAGAACCUGACACCUCAUUGGGCCGGCACGCUUCUCGGCCUGAUAGAGCUGUGCCUGGUUCCUGUUCCUUUCAUCUUUUGGCGUUACGGGAAAAGGAUUCGGUCGCGAAGCCGAGCGAUUUUGCAGAUCCAGAAAGAUGCCGAGGCGGAACGGAAUCGCACGUCUUGA